AUGUCGGGCAGAGCGCUACGAUGCCUGGGCUUCUUCGCAGUCCUGAUAGCCACGGGGGCCAACUGGGAAGCAGACCCCCUCUGCCCUGCCAGAUACAAGCUCAACUGCCUCCUUCGCCGACGGCUGGGCUGCGGGCCUGAAGGUGCACCGACCUGUGGUGCUUGUUUCCAUAAUUAUGAGGAGGACGCAGAGGGCAACUGUGUGCCGAAAAAAACCUCUAAGCAUGAAAGCAAAACGAAGACCCAGAAGAGGCCCAAAGACUUGCCAGGCCUCAUCCGCUCCCUCCUGGCCAAGCAUGAGAAAGGCUUGCGACCCCCAAGCAUGGAGAUUACGCUUCCUGGUGACACAGCGUUGUAUGAACCACCAAUUGCCCCCACCACCUUCCCAACCUCUUUUCCUACAAAUGCCUCCUAUGUUGUGAGCAGCACUCCAGCGUCCUCUGAGUCAUACGAAGACACCCCGGUCUCGGCCACCACGCCCCCAAGGCGUGUGAAAGUGGAUUUUAAGCAAAGGUCUCGGCCCCCGGCUCCUAGUCUGAACAAAGCUGUGUCCCUCACUCUGGUAGUGAUGUGCACAGUCACAGGGGUCUCUGGGCUGGUGGUCGCUGCCAUCUGCUGGUACAGGCUACAGCAAGAGGUACGCUUGGCUCAGAAGAUGGCCUACACAGCCACACGGGGAAACCAGUACCGCUACCAUCAGCCCAGUGCAUAUAUGGACUCCAGACUAGCUCAGUCCUGCCAAGUUCACCACUAUCAGCAUCAGAAGAAGCUUCUCACCAGCGAGGACAAAGAUCCUCCAAAAGCAGUAGAGCAGCUCUCCACAGAGUCAGAGACAGAAAAUGGGGAUUACACUGUAUAUGAAUGCCCUGGAUUGGCCCCGAGUGGAGAGAUGGAGAUUCACAACCCGCUCUUUGACACCUCCACCCUACGCCGAUGCCCUCCCUAA